AUGUCCCGUGUCGCCCUCGUAACUGGUGCAGCUCGCGGUAUAGGCCGUUCCAUCGCUCUUCGCCUCGCUACAGAUGGACUAGACAUCGCGCUGGUCGACCUCCCAAACUCGCUCGAUGCCCUCAAGGAUGUCGCGGAGGAGGUAUUAAACCUCGGGCGGCGGGCAGCAGUACUUACUGCGGACGUAUCGAUUGAGAAGGAUGUGCAGGAUGCCGUCAAGGAGUGCGUAGAGAAGCUCGGGUCGCUCGACGUCAUGGUUGCAAACGCAGGGAUAUUGGGGCCAGUGAAGGGGAUCCUCGAAACUUCUGUCGAAGACCUCGACAGGGUGUACUCCAUUAACAUCCGCGGCGUGUUUCUAUGCUACAAGCACGCUGCUGUACAGAUGAUCGCUCAAGGUCGUGGUGGACGGAUAAUCGGAGCGUCGUCCGUUGCGGGAAAGCAGGGUUACCCGAUGCUAUUCGGUUACAGUGCGUCCAAAUUUGCCGUGCGCAGUAUGACGCAGACUACCGCCGGAGCGCUUGGAGCGCACAAGAUCACCGUCAACGCGUACGCUCCUGGAACGAUUGCUUCGGAUAUGGGCUCUCUACUCGGUCAAGGCGUGAAGGAUAUUGGGAUGGACCCCGGCUUGAUUGUUCCGCCAAUUGCAGGACAUAUCGGCUCAGGCGAUGAUGUGGCGGGUUUGGUGUCGUACUUGGCCUCGGAUGCUGCGAGCUUCGUCACGGGCCAGACGAUCUCGAUCAACGGAGGAAUGUAUUUCGACUAG